AUGAACGAAAAGCAAUCCCUGCCCGAGUAUCUCAAGACAUUCGAGGAACAUAGACUUCAAGUGGAAAGACUCCAGGGAAGCACUAUGGAUGAUCGCAUCCUCAAGCACAAGCUCCUUAUGACAUUGACGGCUGUUCAUCGCGAGACGGGGCUGACGAAGAUGGGUUCCCUAUCGUAUCAUGAGCUUAUGCACGAGCUG